CGGAAAACGGAUGGUACCUGACGGCCUUUGGGCCAAUCGACAGGAACGUACCGAUGGUGGCCCGCCCCUGCAUUCGCCCCAUCUCAAGUCGACAGGAAAGCCGAAACGCACGCCCGAACCCUAUUCUUCUCCCUCUCCACCGCACUCAGCCGCCACCACCACAUCUCCACGCAACUGUCGCUCUCCCGAAGCUGUGCCGCUGCCACAGGCCUCCCCAAUCCCCGCAUCUCUCUUGUGGUGGCAGGAGGAAGGUGCCGCCGCCGGUGUCCGAGGAGGGCGCGGGCCCCUGCUUCUCCACGGCGAGCAGCGACGAGGCAUCCGCGUCUCCUCCCAACGCAGGAGCGUUCGCCGGCCUUCUCCUCCCAGUCGAGCAGGUCGCAGUCCCACAUCCAGCCCGUCUCCCCGUCACCAGCCGUCGACGCCACCACUCCCACCACCGACGAUGCAGCCGACAGCGUCCCCUGCUCCUUCCUCCCUCCGGCGGCAGAUCUACAGCAGAUCUGACCCAGCCCGGCCACCACCGCCCCCAUCCAGAGAUCUGGCGUGUGGCGGCCCCCUCCUCGGAGCUCGACGCCAUGGUGAGAUCCCGAUGUGGACUCGCAGGAGGCAGCGUCGGCAGCGUCGUCGGCUGUCAUCGCCAUCGUCGUCCUCGAGCUAUGCAGCCUUGCCGUCGUCCACGAGACGCGCGCCAUCGCCAUGGGUCGUCCCCAUCGCCAUCCCCUCAUGGUCGCGUGACUCGGGUCGUCGUCCUCGUCCUCGAGCCGGGUUCGCCUGACCCGCACCGGGAGACAUCGAUGUGCAACGGACGAAAUCGCUACAAUGCUCAAUGUUUGUUAGAGAUUCUGGAGCUCUGUUAAUCACUUGGUCUCUGCUGUUUAUGGGUACGCACAGCUGGCUGAAAAUUAAUCUUGAGCUCUGCUAUUUAGGGAUAAGAUUCAGAUUCACAGGGACUUGAUUCAUCAGCAGUUCAGCA